CCAAAGUGGGACACUCAGCUCAAACCCAUCAGACAGUUCAUCCAUGUAAACAGGCUGUGAUUACAUUCUCUAGCAAAUUUCCAUUAUUUUUUGGUUUUGAAAGUGGGAUAUUUUCUUAGUUGCCAUGAAGCCAGCGGUGGUUCUGCUGGGCCUCGUCCUCCUGCUGGACUCUGCUUUUGCUGCAGAAGAGUCCUGUGUGGGUCGCUGUGGCUCCUUCAGCGCCCAAACCAAAUGUCAGUGUGACUCCAUGUGUGUCUAUUAUGGAAGCUGCUGUGACGACUAUUACACCAUCUGCCCCAAAAAAGCUCGAGGUGAUACUUUUGAUGAGACCGAAGAAGUGACAGAAACAACAGCAAACAUCAUCAACUACACUACGACCGUCAUGCCAACUUCAGGCACCAUUGCUCCGACCAUCCCUGCCUCCUCUCCAUCCACCGCCACACAGGCGCCAACAGCACUUGUGGAUCCGGACACGGCAGCCUGCAGCGGUCGACCUUUUGAUGCUUUCCUGCAGCUGAAGAACAGCUCCAUAUAUGCAUUUAGAGGUGAAUAUUUUUUUGAGUUGGACGACAAGUCCAUACUUCCUGGUUACCCCAAGCUCAUCGAGGACGUGUGGGGAAUCUCUGGGCCCAUCAGCGCUGCUUUCACACGCAUCAACUGCCAGGGAAAGUCCUACAUCUUUAAGGGGAACCAGUACUGGAGGUUUGACGGGGAUGUCUUGGACGAGGACUAUCCACGGCUAAUUUCAGUCGGCUUCGACGGCAUCCCAAACGAUGUUGAUGCUGCGUUUGCAGUGCCAGCACCAAGUCACCGUGGCAGAGAGAAAGCCUACUUUUUCAAAGAUGACAAGUAUUACCAGUAUGAGUUCAAGCAGCAGCCGUCCCAUGAGGAGUGUGUCCAGAUGAGCAAGUCCUCUCCGUCGAUGCUGUUCACACAAUACACUGACCUCUUCUGCGACAACACAUGGGAGGAUCUCUUCACAGAGCUCUUUGGAAGCGCCUUGGGCAGUCACCAGAGAGGCCCUCGUCUCAUCAGCAGGGACUGGCAUGGCAUCAGACCUCCUGUAGAUGCUGCCAUGGUGGGACGAGUUCACCUCAGUCCUAAACCCACUCCGUCUUCUCCUCCUCUGAGGAGGCGCAGUAGCCGCAAGAGGAGGCCCAGCAAGAAACGUGGACAGAAAUGGAGGCAGAGCCGCUCCUUGUUUUAUGAUUUGUGGUUUGAUAACGACUUGUUCGACUACGACUACAGCGACAUCGUUCAAGAAAGCACCACACAGAACUACAAAAGCACCCCUGUUCAGAAUGUGUACUUUUUCAAGAGAGAUAAAUACUACAGAGUGGCUCUGCAGACAAAACGUGUGGACACUGUCUUCCCUCCGUACCCACGAUCCAUUGCAAAAUACUGGCUGGGCUGCGAGCGUGAAGAGACACCCGAUGCAUCGAGAGCAGAGAAGAGAUAGACAGCUGAGGGAAUACAAAGAAACCCACUCUGAGUUUCAAGCACAUCUCUGUGACUAUUAAAAUAUGAGCUAAAUGAUAAUAGCACCCGCUUUAUUUGUUGUUUCAGCAUUUAGUUCAUUAUUAAUACCCUUCAAAUGGCUCCUUAGGUGGAAAUUGUGUAUAAUUUAAUAAACUUUAAAUUUCAGUGUUGUGUGUAUCACAUUUAGAUUCUUUUCCUGAGCACGGAUCUAAACAAACCCCCAAUCAUCACUCUUAAAGUCAACCAUCAGUCAACAGAUCUAUAAUUACAGAUGCACAAAUAUGAGACUAAUAAUGUCUUGAGGUUCUAAAGCCAAAUGUAUUUCCACAUUCACUGCCCUCUGCUGGUCAAUGUAUUUGUCUGCAUUUCUGUGAGAAUAAAAGCUUGUUUUGAUCCUG